GAUGAGGGUGAGCAAAUGAAAACAGGAAGUAGUGUGUGUGACAGAAAGGGACCAGAGCAGAGUGGAGGUUUUAAGCGCUUAAAAACAUGGGGAUUUUGAGACGCUAUAGCUGUGUGUUGUGUUUGCUGUUUUGGGGGAAUUUGAUGUUAGGUGAGAGCUCUGUUCAUGCCGCAGAACCGAGUGGAGAUGAAGAGCGAAAACCGCCUGUUUUUAAGGAGAACAGCUACUUUGCUUCUGUCAGUCUGUCGGCUUCCUUUUCGGAGGAGCUGGAAGUUAGUGAUCAUUGCAUGGUAUUGCUGCAUGAUUUCGGUCAGAGAUAUGCAAGCUUAGCGAGCUGUCUGGUGUCCAACGCACGUCCUGUCAAAGUGUGCCAGAACUGCUACAGAGAGUAUAACAGCUUCCAGGAAAUCUACACAAACAUCUCAAACACGACGGGGCCUGGGAACGUGAGCUGUCAAAAUAUCCUGCUGAGCUCAGAUAGGCUGAUGCUGCUGAGCAAUCUCUACAGCGGCAUAGACCACAUCUGGCACUCGUCUGACUGUCAAGAUUGUCUGACUAAAGAUCAGAAAAGCGUGUCGAAUACCACAAUUUACUUCAUCAAUCGACACAAUCAGUCGCUCACCUGCUUUGAGAAAUACCAGCAGGGGAACCAGUCUGAGUUGUGUGUAGAGUGCAGGACCUUGUAUAAAACACUCAAUGAUCUGUACAGUAACAUGUCAAAUAACAAGUCUCUGUGUAUUGAUGUGGAGGAUGCGAUGAACAUGACGCGGCAUUUGUGGAGCAAGAACAACUGUUCGUUAAAGCGUGAGGACAGCGUGCCAGUCAUCGCUGUGUCCAGCUUCAUGCUCUUCCUUCCAAUCAUCUUCUACUUGAGCAACUUCCUGCACUCGGAACAAAAGAAACGCAAGCUCAUGCACCCCAAAAGAGCCAAGUCCAGCCACAGUCUGAUGAAUAUCCAAGACAAGUACAGCUGAAGGAGAGGAGGAAGAGGAGGAAGAGGAGGAAGAUGGGAGAACCAGUCAUCCUUUGCAUUUUUCCAAAAGGAACGUUCCUGGUGGAUGUGGGAUGGAGUGUAAAAUAUAACAGAUAUUUAUGAUAAUUGUUAAAGUAAUCAUCACUUAUUGUGAAUAUAUUUGACAAAUGAUUUUGUUUUUUUUUUUUUCACUGUUUUGGUGAUCAUGUGAAUGAACGCCGUAUGUUUAUGACAGGAUGGACUACUACGUAGAGAUUUGUGACUUUCGCCUUGCACUGACAAGAGCUCUGGGUGAGACUGGUUAUGCCGUCAUCCCGCUGCAACUAAGAGAACAUCUUCAUGCUUGCUAAAAGCUUUUAUUAUUUAUUUCUUUCGGGUAGCGGGACUUGUACAUAUAACAUAGCAGCAGUAGCACUGUGGCAAGCACUUGAUGUCCAUUAGUGAUCCAUUAAUAAAUACAUGGUGCAUGCGUGGAGUGAAGAGGUAAAAGCAAUGGCUGAAAUGAAAGGAGAAUGCACUAAAGAACUAUGCAGGUCACGUGAUGCUUUGGCCGAGCCUUUUCUUUUUUUUUUUUUUUUUUUUUUUUUUGUAUACGAAGCAACCAUCUCUACCCUUUUUGCUACUAAUGUGUUUUUGAGUUACUAUAAGGUCAUGAUGUAGCAUCUGACUGGUUUUCUGAUCAAGAACAGAAGAGAUAUAUAAUGUGUGUUAAGACUGGAUGAGUUAACUGCGCUGUGUCAUGUUGUACAUGAUCAUUUGUGAUUUCCAAAUGUAAAUAUUCUACUCGUGAGAGGCUAAUUACUGCAGCAGCGACCUAAAUAAUGAUUCUUAAGGCUUAGCGUGUUUGAUAUGAUUUGCUAAAGAUUUACGUAGUUGAAAAGCCACGCUCUGUUGUUUUCAGGUUACUUGGCUUUCAUAGGAACAUUUUCUCCCCAUCAUUAGCAGCUAAUCUAAAUGUAGGAUAAAGUUACUUGGCCAAAACAAUGUGUAGCAACAUAUCCAUUGGCUUUUUGGUCUCAUGGAGCUGUGCCAUUACUUAUCACACUGGCCUUUAAGCGCAUUGCACCUGAUUUAUUCAAUCAUAUGAUUGCUUAGAGGCCCUGAACGGGUGCCAUAGGCGGAAAAUAAUCUUUCGUAUACACGUUAAACGUGUGAUGUACCAAGAAUGGUGGACUUCAUUCCUAAUAAGCCUUGUGUCUUGAUUUCGUAAUCAGUCUGGAUUUCCUAAUCGUGGAUGAAAGUCACUAUUGCUGACUAACUUCAUCUCCACGUGAUUGAAGAAACGGUACAUCACCUAAAUCAACCCCUAGAGAGGACGAGGGGAAAUGGGAGAUUAUCCUUCAGAGCCCGGGUUAGGAUUAGAGCAGUGACUCUGGACCUUUAGAACUUGAGAGAAUUACGAAAUGCCUUGAACUCAGCUGGUACUCAGGGCUCAUAUAAAGGCAGGCCUGUAAGCAAAGCAUCCAGAGUGUGUGUGUGUGUGUGUGUGUGUGUGUGUGUGUGUGCAAAUGUUUUUUUAUUAAAUACAUACCCUGGCAUUUCACAAUCUACUGAUUUUUAAAAAUAAAAAAUAAAAUAAUAAAUUAAUAAUUCAAACACAAAUGCUUGUCUCAUUGUCAAGAAUAGUAAUGCGAGAUCAAACCAGCCGAAGCCUAACUCACUUUAGGAAGAUGGAGGGAGAAAAAAUACAAUUUAUGAUAAAGUGUCACACAAGUCACAUGGACUACCUUUAUAUGAAAUCAAUAAUAAACCCACUAAUUAUUAUUUUUUAGUUAUUCUGUGUUAUAUAGCUUCAUGCUUUAGUGCCAGUGUUACAGAUUAGAUUUGGUAAACUUUAACUUUGUAAAGAUUAAUUUAAUUUAAAUGCUUGGGGGAGUAUAAGAGGAUACUUUAUUAGGAGUAUUCCUUUAAAGCGUAAAGUAAAACACUGUACAUUGGCUCCAGUGUGUGCAACUAGCUUAGCUACUUCCUAAUGUACACACAGCGCACAUGCUAGCUUCACGGCCCUGCUGAUCUAGACUCGUGGCCAAAAUUCCAUUUUACUUAUUUAUUUAUUUAUUAUUAUUAUUGGUAAAAAUGACUUCAAGGUGCAAGUCAAUAUUUUUCAUUUCUUAUUUUAAAGUAAUGUGAACGUUUGGUAGAAAUGAUAAUAAAUAAUAGUUUACGCCACUGUCUCAGAACAAGUGUUUAUUACGUAGCUGAAAAAACCCAGUCUGGAAACCUGACUUCCGGUCCGGAAUGUUUGUUUUUGUAUUUCGAUUGGCCUCCUGUCAGUCAUUUUAUAGCCACGCCCCCAACGCCCUUUCACCUCCUCAUCAAUCAUUAUGAGGACGAGUUACAUGUUUAUAGAGCUGUAACUCUUCUUUCAAGCAGCCGAGUGUCCGAGUUCGUGUGAAAGUGAUGUCAUGAUGGUCCGUGCAAAUGGUAACUCUAGUUGAACCACUGUAAGUUUUGGGGGCGGAGCUAUGUGUCUAUUGGUGGAAAUAGGGGGCGGGCUUAAUGAGCUAAAAAAAAAUCAUUCAAAUCUUAUUCAAGUCACUUAACUGUUAAAAAUCAAAUCUUACCUAAUGCACCUUUAAUUCACAUUGUAUUUUAACUGUUUUACUUGUUUAAAAAUCCAAAUUAUGGAGAUCUGUGCAUUGAUGCAUAAUCAUUUCUGAGAGAAGACAGAAUCAAGAUUUUUUUUUUAAUUAUUUCAGUUUUUUUAUUUCUAGUAAUCCAAAAAGGCUGUUAUGAGGUGUUUAUAAGAAUGUUACCGGGCCCAAAAGCACAAAUUCUCAGUGCACAGGUCAUAUCAAACUGGCUUUAGCUGUAACUGGUCUGAUUGCUCUGUUUUCUGUGUAAAGAAUGGUGCAGCUUAAUAUGGAUAAUCAGGAGUUUACAAAAAGUUCAAGCUUCAAGAAUGGUAGUGUUUGGCACCAAGGAAUAUUACAUGAAAGUAAUGUAAUGUAAUAAAACCCUAUGAUAAAACCCUUGAACAAACCGUCUACAAUCAGCUGUCUUGCUAUCUCUCACAGAACAACCUCUAAGAUCCCAAUCAGUCUGGCUUCAAACCGGCACACUCCACAGAGACUGCCCUUUUGGCCGUCACUGAGAAGCUACAUGCUGCUAGAUCAGCCAAACUGUCUUCAGUCCUCAUCCUCCUUCACCUUUCAGCAGCGUUUGACACAGUGAACCACAAGACUCUCUUGUCCACCCUCAUGAGCCUAGGAAUCCGUGGUGCAGCAUGGCAAUGGUUUGCUUCCUACCUGGAAGGUCGGUCAUAUCAGGUGACAUGGAGGGGAUCCACAUCUGCUCCCCACAGACUCUCCACUGGUGUCCCACAAGGCUCAGUACUUGGUCCUCUUCUGUUCUCCCUCUAUACUUGAUCUCUUGGUGCGGUCA